AUGGCCCAUGGUCUCCCAUUCUCCCGCUUUCCAUCACCCCGCCCCAUUCUCCCUCUUUCCAUCACCCCGCCCCAUUCUCCCGCUUUCCAUCACCCCGCCCAAUUCUCCCGCUUUCCAUCACCCCGCCCCAUUCUCCCUCUUUCCAUCACCCCGCCCUAUUCUCUCGCUUUCCAUCAACCCGCCCAUUCUCCCGCUUUCCAUCACCCCGCCCCAUUCUCCCUUUUUCCAUCACCCCGCCCCAUUCUCCCGCUUUCCAUCACCCCGCCCCAUUCUCCCUCUUUUCCUUACCCCGCCCCAUCCUCCCUCUUUCCAUCACCCCGCCCCAUUCUCCCGCUUCCCAUCACCCCGCCCCAUUCUCCCGCUUUCCAUCACCCCGCCCCAUUCUCCCGCUUCCCAUCACCCCGCCCCAUUCUCCCGCUUUCCAUCACCCCGCCCCAUUCUCCCUCCUUCCAUCACCCCGCCCCAUUCUCCCUCUUUCCAUCACCCCGCCCCAUUCUCCCGCUUUCCAUCAUCCCACCCCAUUCUCCCGCUUUCCAUCACCCCGCCCCAUUCUCCCGCUUUCCAUCACCCCGCCCCAUUCUCCCGCUUUCCAUCGCCCCGCCCCAUUCUCCCGCUUUCCAUCACUCCGCCCCAUUCUCCCGCUUUCCAUCGGCCCACCCCAUCCUCCCUCCUUCCAUCACCCCGCCUCUUUCUCCCGCUUCCCAUCACCCCGCCCCAUUCUCCCGCUUUCCAUCACCAAGCCCCAUUCUCCCUCCUUCCAUCACCCCGCCCCAUUCUCCCUCUUUCCAUCAUGCCGCCCCAUUCUCCCGCUUUCCAUCAUCCCACCCCAUUCUCCCGCUUUCCAUCACCCCGCCCCAUUCUCCCGCUUUCCAUCACCCCGCCCCAUUCUCCCGCUUCCAUCACCCCGCCCCAUUCUCCCGCUUUCCAUCACCCCGCCCCAUUCUCCCGCUUUCCAUCGCCCCGCCCCAUUCUCCCGCUUUCCAUCACCCCGCCCCUUUUCCCCGCUUUCCAUCACCCCGCCCCAUUCUCCCGCUUUCCAUCACCUCGCCCCAUUCUCCCGCUUUCCAUCGCCCCGCCACAUUCUCCCGCUUUCCAUCACCCCGCCCCAUUCUCCCGCUUUCCAUCACUCCGCCCCAUUCUCCCGCUUUACAUCGGCCCACCCCAUCCUCCCUCCUUCCAUCACCCCGCCUCUUUCUCCCGCUUCCCAUCACCCCGCCCCAUUCUCCCGCUUUCCAUCACCCCGCCCCAUUCUCCCUCCUUCCAUCACCCCGCCCCAUUCUCCCUCUUUCCAUCACGCCGCCCCAUUCUCCCGCUUUCCAUCAUCCCACCCCAUUCUCCCGCUUUCCAUCACCCCGCCCCAUUCUCCCGCUUUCCAUCACCCCGCCCCAUUCUCCCGCUUCCAUCACCCCGCCCCAUUCUCCCGCUUUCCAUCACCCCGCCCCAUUCUCCCGCUUUCCAUCACCCCACCCCAUUCUCCUGCUUUCCAUCGCCCCGCCCAAUUCUCCCGCUUUCCAUCACCCCGCCCCAUCACCCCGCCCCAUUCUCCAUCUUUCCAUCACUCCGCCCCAUUCUCCCGCUUCCAUCGCCCCGCCCAAUUCUCCCGCUUUCCAUCACCCCGCCCCAUUCUCCUUCUUUCCAUCACCUCGCCCCAUUCUCCCUCUUUCCAUUGCCCCGCCCAAUUCUCCCGCUUUCUAUCACCCCGUCCCAUUCUCACGCUUUCCAUCACCCCGCCCCAUUCUCCCGCUUUCCAUCACCUCGCCCCAUUCUCCCGCUUUCCAUCGCCCCGCCCCAUUCUCCCGCUUUCCAUCACCCCGCCCCAUUCUCCCGCUUUCCAUCACCCCGCCCCAUUCUCCCGCUUUCCAUCACCCCGACCCAUUCUCCCGCUUUCCAUCACCCCGCCCCAUUCUCCCGCUUUCCAUCACCGUGCCCCAUUCUCCCGCUUCCCAUCACCCUGCCCCAUUUUCCCGCUUUCCAUCACCCCACCCCAUUCUCCCGCUUUCCAUCGCUCCACCCCAUUCUCCCGCUUUCCAUCACCUCGCCCCAUUCUCCCGCUUUCCAUCGCCCCGCCCCAUUCUCCCGCUUUCCAUCGCCCCACCCCAUUGUCCCGCUUUCCAUCACCCCGCCCCAUCCUCCCACUCUCCAUCACCCCGCCCCAUUCUCCCUUUUUCCAUCACCCCGCCCCAUUCUCCCUCUGUCCAUCACUCCGCCCCAUUCUCCCGCUUUCCAUCACCCCGCCCCAUUCUCCCCCUUUCCUUCACCACGCCCCAUUCUCCCGCUUUCCAUCACCCGCCCCAUUCUCCCUCUUUCCAUCAACCACCCCCAUUCUCCCGCUUUCCAUCACCCCGCCCCAUUCUCCCGCUUUCCAUCACCCCGCCCCAUUCUCCCGCUUUCUAUCACCCCGCCCCAUUCUCCCGCUUUCCAUCACCCUGCCCGAUUCUCCCGCUUUCCAUCACCCCACCCUAUUCUAACGCUUUCCAUCACCCCACCCCAUUCUCCCGCUUUCCAUCACCCUGCCCCAUUCUCCCGCUUUCCAUCACCCCACCCCAUUCUCCCGCUUUCCAUCACCCUGAACCAUUCUCCCUCUUUCCAUCACCCCGCCCCUUUUCCCCGCUUUCCAUCACCCCGCCCCAUUCUCCCGCUUUCCAUCACCCCGCCCCAUUCUCCCGCUUUCCAUCACCCCACCCCAUUCUCCCGCUUUCCAUCGCCCCGCCCCAUUCUCCCACUUUCCAUCACUCCGCCCCAUUCUCCCGCUUUCCAUCGGCCCACCCCAUCCUCCCUCCUUCCAUCACCCCGCCUCUUUCUCCCGCUUCCCAUCACCCCGCCCCAUUCUCCCGCUUUCCAUCACCCCGCCCCAUUCUCCCUCCUUCUAUCACCCCGCCCCAUUCUCCCUCUUUCCAUCACCCCGCCCCAUUCUCCCGCUUUCCAUCAUCCCACCCCAUUCUCCCGCUUUCCAUCACCCCGCCCCAUUCUCCCGCUUUCCAUCACCCCGCCCCAUUCUCCCGCUUCCAUCACCCCGCCCCAUUCUCCCGCUUUCCAUCACCCCGCCCCAUUCUCCCGCUUUCCAUCACCCCGCCCCAUUCUCCUGCUUUCCGUCGCCCCGCCCAAUUCUCCCGCUUUCCAUCACCCCGCCCCAUGUUCCCGCUUUCCAUCACCCCACCCCAUUCUCCCGCUUUCCAUCAACCCGCCCCAUUCCCCCGCUUUCCAGCACCCCGCCCCAUUCUCCAUCUUUCCAUCACUCCGCCCCAUUCUCCCGCUUCCAUCGCCCCGCCCAAUUCUCCCGCUUUCCAUCACUCGCCCCAUUCUCCUUCUUUCCAUCACCUCGCCCCAUUCUCCCUCUUUCCAUCGCCCCGCCCAAUUCUCCCGCUUUCUAUCACCCCGUCCUAUUCUCACGCUUUCCAUCACCCCGCCUCUUUCUCCCGCUUCCCAUCACCCCGCCCCAUUCUCCCGCUUUCCAUCACCAAGCCCCAUUCUCCCUCCUUCCAUCACCCCGCCCCAUUCUCCCUCUUUCCAUCAUGCCGCCCCAUUCUCCCGCUUUCCAUCAUCCCACCCCAUUCUCCCGCUUUCCAUCACCCCGCCCCAUUCUCCCGCUUUCCAUCACCCCGCCCCAUUCUCCCGCUUCCAUCACCCCGCCCCAUUCUCCCGCUUUCCAUCACCCCGCCCCAUUCUCCCGCUUUCCAUCGCCCCGCCCCAUUCUCCCGCUUUCCAUCACCCCGCCCCUUUUCCCCGCUUUCCAUCACCCCGCCCCAUUCUCCCGCUUUCCAUCACCUCGCCCCAUUCUCCCGCUUUCCAUCGCCCCGCCCCAUUCUCCCGCUUUCCAUCACCCCGCCCCAUUCUCCCGCUUUCCAUCACUCCGCCCCAUUCUCCCGCUUUACAUCGGCCCACCCCAUCCUCCCUCCUUCCAUCACCCCGCCUCUUUCUCCCGCUUCCCAUCACCCCGCCCCAUUCUCCCGCUUUCCAUCACCCCGCCCCAUUCUCCCUCCUUCCAUCACCCCGCCCCAUUCUCCCUCUUUCCAUCACGCCGCCCCAUUCUCCCGCUUUCCAUCAUCCCACCCCAUUCUCCCGCUUUCCAUCACCCCGCCCCAUUCUCCCGCUUUCCAUCACCCCGCCCCAUUCUCCCGCUUCCAUCACCCCGCCCCAUUCUCCCGCUUUCCAUCACCCCGCCCCAUUCUCCCGCUUUCCAUCACCCCACCCCAUUCUCCUGCUUUCCAUCGCCCCGCCCAAUUCUCCCGCUUUCCAUCACCCCGCCCCAUGUUCCUGCUUUCCAUCACCCCACCCCAUUCUCCCGCUUUCCAUCAACCUGCCCCAUUCCCCUGCUUUCCAGCACCCCGCCCCAUUCUCCAUCUUUCCAUCACUCCGCCCCAUUCUCCCGCUUCCAUCGCCCCGCCCAAUUCUCCCGCUUUCCAUCACCCCGCCCCAUUCUCCUUCUUUCCAUCACCUCGCCCCAUUCUCCCUCUUUCCAUUGCCCCGCCCAAUUCUCCCGCUUUCUAUCACCCCGUCCCAUUCUCACGCUUUCCAUCACCCCGCCCCAUUCUCCCGCUUUCCAUCACCUCGCCGCAUUCUCCCGCUUUCCAUCGCCCCGCCCCAUUCUCCCGCUUUCCAUCACCCCGCCCCAUUCUCCCGCUUUCCAUCACCCCGCCCCAUUCUCCCGCUUUCCAUCACCCCGACCCAUUCUCCCGCUUUCCAUCACCCCGCCCCAUUCUCCCGCUUUCCAUCACCGUGCCCCAUUCUCCCGCUUCCCAUCACCCUGCCCCAUUUUCCCGCUUUCCAUCACCCCACCCCAUUCUCCCGCUUUCCAUCGCUCCGCCCCAUUCUCCCGCUUUCCAUCACCUCGCCCCAUUCUCCCGCUUUCCAUCGCCCCGCCCCAUUCUCCCGCUUUCCAUCGCCCCACCCCAUUGUCCCGCUUUCCAUCACCCCGCCCCAUCCUCCCACUCUCCAUCACCCCGCCCCAUUCUCCCUUUUUCCAUCACCCCGCCCCAUUCUCCCUCUGUCCAUCACUCCGCCCCAUUCUCCCGCUUUCCAUCACCCCGCCCCAUUCUCCCCCUUUCCUUCACCACGCCCCAUUCUCCCGCUUUCCAUCACCCGCCCCAUUCUCCCUCUUUCCAUCAACCACCCCCAUUCUCCCGCUUUCCAUCACCCCGCCCCAUUCUCCCGCUUUCCAUCACCCCGCCCCAUUCUCCCGCUUUCUAUCACCCCGCCCCAUUCUCCCGCUUUCCAUCACCCUGCCCGAUUCUCCCGCUUUCCAUCACCCCACCCUAUUCUAACGCUUUCCAUCACCCCACCCCAUUCUCCCGCUUUCCAUCACCCUGCCCCAUUCUCCCGCUUUCCAUCACCCCACCCCAUUCUCCCGCUUUCCAUCACCCUGAACCAUUCUCCCUCUUUCCAUCACCCCGCCCCUUUUCCCCGCUUUCCAUCACCCCGCCCCAUUCUCCCGCUUUCCAUCACCCCGCCCCAUUCUCCCGCUUUCCAUCACCCCACCCCAUUCUCCCGCUUUCCAUCGCCCCGCCCCAUUCUCCCACUUUCCAUCACUCCGCCCCAUUCUCCCGCUUUCCAUCGGCCCACCCCAUCCUCCCUCCUUCCAUCACCCCGCCUCUUUCUCCCGCUUCCCAUCACCCCGCCCCAUUCUCCCGCUUUCCAUCACCCCGCCCCAUUCUCCCUCCUUCUAUCACCCCGCCCCAUUCUCCCUCUUUCCAUCACCCCGCCCCAUUCUCCCGCUUUCCAUCAUCCCACCCCAUUCUCCCGCUUUCCAUCACCCCGCCCCAUUCUCCCGCUUUCCAUCACCCCGCCCCAUUCUCCCGCUUCCAUCACCCCCGCCCCAUUCUCCCGCUUUCCAUCACCCCGCCCCAUUCUCCCGCUUUCCAUCACCCCGCCCCAUUCUCCUGCUUUCCGUCGCCCCGCCCAAUUCUCCCGCUUUCCAUCACCCCGCCCCAUCACCCCGCCCCAUUCUCCAUCUUUCCAUCACUCCGCCCCAUUCUCCCGCUUCCAUCGCCCCGCCCAAUUCUCCCGCUUUCCAUCACUCGCCCCAUUCUCCUUCUUUCCAUCACCUCGCCCCAUUCUCCCUCUUUCCAUCGCCCCGCCCAAUUCUCCCGCUUUCUAUCACCCCGCCCCAUUCUCCCGCUUUCCAUCACCCCGCCCCAUUCUCCCGCUUUCUAUCACCCCGCCCCAUUCUCCCGCUUUCCAUCACCCCGCCCCAUUCUCCCGCUUUCCAUCACCCCGCCCCAUUCUCCCGCUUUCUAUCACCCCGCCCCAUUCUCCCGCUUUCCAUCACCCUGCCCGAUUCUCCCGCUUUCCAUCACCCCACCCUAUUCUAACGCUUUCCAUCACCCCACCCCAUUCUCCCGCUUUCCAUCACCCUGCCCCAUUCUCCCGCUUUCCAUCACCCCACCCCAUUCUCCCGCUUUCCAUCACCCUGAACCAUUCUCCCUCUUUCCAUCACCCCGCCCCUUUUCCCCGCUUUCCAUCACCCCGCCCCAUUCUCCCGCUUUCCAUCACCCCGCCCCAUUCUCCCGCUUUCCAUCACCCCACCCCAUUCUCCCGCUUUCCAUCGCCCCGCCCCAUUCUCCCACUUUCCAUCACUCCGCCCCAUUCUCCCGCUUUCCAUCGGCCCACCCCAUCCUCCCUCCUUCCAUCACCCCGCCUCUUUCUCCCGCUUCCCAUCACCCCGCCCCAUUCUCCCGCUUUCCAUCACCCCGCCCCAUUCUCCCUCCUUCUAUCACCCCGCCCCAUUCUCCCUCUUUCCAUCACCCCGCCCCAUUCUCCCGCUUUCCAUCAUCCCACCCCAUUCUCCCGCUUUCCAUCACCCCGCCCCAUUCUCCCGCUUUCCAUCACCCCGCCCCAUUCUCCCGCUUCCAUCACCCCGCCCCAUUCUCCCGCUUUCCAUCACCCCGCCCCAUUCUCCCGCUUUCCAUCACCCCGCCCCAUUCUCCUGCUUUCCGUCGCCCCGCCCAAUUCUCCCGCUUUCCAUCACCCCGCCCCAUGUUCCCGCUUUCCAUCACCCCACCCCAUUCUCCCGCUUUCCAUCAACCCGCCCCAUUCCCCCGCUUUCCAGCACCCCGCCCCAUUCUCCAUCUUUCCAUCACUCCGCCCCAUUCUCCCGCUUCCAUCGCCCCGCCCAAUUCUCCCGCUUUCCAUCACUCGCCCCAUUCUCCUUCUUUCCAUCACCUCGCCCCAUUCUCCCUCUUUCCAUCGCCCCGCCCAAUUCUCCCGCUUUCUAUCACCCCGUCCUAUUCUCACGCUUUCCAUCACCCCGCCUCUUUCUCCCGCUUCCCAUCACCCCGCCCCAUUCUCCCGCUUUCCAUCACCAAGCCCCAUUCUCCCUCCUUCCAUCACCCCGCCCCAUUCUCCCUCUUUCCAUCAUGCCGCCCCAUUCUCCCGCUUUCCAUCAUCCCACCCCAUUCUCCCGCUUUCCAUCACCCCGCCCCAUUCUCCCGCUUUCCAUCACCCCGCCCCAUUCUCCCGCUUCCAUCACCCCGCCCCAUUCUCCCGCUUUCCAUCACCCCGCCCCAUUCUCCCGCUUUCCAUCGCCCCGCCCCAUUCUCCCGCUUUCCAUCACCCCGCCCCUUUUCCCCGCUUUCCAUCACCCCGCCCCAUUCUCCCGCUUUCCAUCACCUCGCCCCAUUCUCCCGCUUUCCAUCGCCCCGCCCCAUUCUCCCGCUUUCCAUCACCCCGCCCCAUUCUCCCGCUUUCCAUCACUCCGCCCCAUUCUCCCGCUUUACAUCGGCCCACCCCAUCCUCCCUCCUUCCAUCACCCCGCCUCUUUCUCCCGCUUCCCAUCACCCCGCCCCAUUCUCCCGCUUUCCAUCACCCCGCCCCAUUCUCCCUCCUUCCAUCACCCCGCCCCAUUCUCCCUCUUUCCAUCACGCCGCCCCAUUCUCCCGCUUUCCAUCAUCCCACCCCAUUCUCCCGCUUUCCAUCACCCCGCCCCAUUCUCCCGCUUUCCAUCACCCCGCCCCAUUCUCCCGCUUCCAUCACCCCGCCCCAUUCUCCCGCUUUCCAUCACCCCGCCCCAUUCUCCCGCUUUCCAUCACCCCACCCCAUUCUCCUGCUUUCCAUCGCCCCGCCCAAUUCUCCCGCUUUCCAUCACCCCGCCCCAUGUUCCUGCUUUCCAUCACCCCACCCCAUUCUCCCGCUUUCCAUCAACCUGCCCCAUUCCCCUGCUUUCCAGCACCCCGCCCCAUUCUCCAUCUUUCCAUCACUCCGCCCCAUUCUCCCGCUUCCAUCGCCCCGCCCAAUUCUCCCGCUUUCCAUCACCCCGCCCCAUUCUCCUUCUUUCCAUCACCUCGCCCCAUUCUCCCUCUUUCCAUUGCCCCGCCCAAUUCUCCCGCUUUCUAUCACCCCGUCCCAUUCUCACGCUUUCCAUCACCCCGCCCCAUUCUCCCGCUUUCCAUCACCUCGCCGCAUUCUCCCGCUUUCCAUCGCCCCGCCCCAUUCUCCCGCUUUCCAUCACCCCGCCCCAUUCUCCCGCUUUCCAUCACCCCGCCCCAUUCUCCCGCUUUCCAUCACCCCGACCCAUUCUCCCGCUUUCCAUCACCCCGCCCCAUUCUCCCGCUUUCCAUCACCGUGCCCCAUUCUCCCGCUUCCCAUCACCCUGCCCCAUUUUCCCGCUUUCCAUCACCCCACCCCAUUCUCCCGCUUUCCAUCGCUCCGCCCCAUUCUCCCGCUUUCCAUCACCUCGCCCCAUUCUCCCGCUUUCCAUCGCCCCGCCCCAUUCUCCCGCUUUCCAUCGCCCCACCCCAUUGUCCCGCUUUCCAUCACCCCGCCCCAUCCUCCCACUCUCCAUCACCCCGCCCCAUUCUCCCUUUUUCCAUCACCCCGCCCCAUUCUCCCUCUGUCCAUCACUCCGCCCCAUUCUCCCGCUUUCCAUCACCCCGCCCCAUUCUCCCCCUUUCCUUCACCACGCCCCAUUCUCCCGCUUUCCAUCACCCGCCCCAUUCUCCCUCUUUCCAUCAACCACCCCCAUUCUCCCGCUUUCCAUCACCCCGCCCCAUUCUCCCGCUUUCCAUCACCCCGCCCCAUUCUCCCGCUUUCUAUCACCCCGCCCCAUUCUCCCGCUUUCCAUCACCCUGCCCGAUUCUCCCGCUUUCCAUCACCCCACCCUAUUCUAACGCUUUCCAUCACCCCACCCCAUUCUCCCGCUUUCCAUCACCCUGCCCCAUUCUCCCGCUUUCCAUCACCCCACCCCAUUCUCCCGCUUUCCAUCACCCUGAACCAUUCUCCCUCUUUCCAUCACCCCGCCCCUUUUCCCCGCUUUCCAUCACCCCGCCCCAUUCUCCCGCUUUCCAUCACCCCGCCCCAUUCUCCCGCUUUCCAUCACCCCACCCCAUUCUCCCGCUUUCCAUCGCCCCGCCCCAUUCUCCCACUUUCCAUCACUCCGCCCCAUUCUCCCGCUUUCCAUCGGCCCACCCCAUCCUCCCUCCUUCCAUCACCCCGCCUCUUUCUCCCGCUUCCCAUCACCCCGCCCCAUUCUCCCGCUUUCCAUCACCCCGCCCCAUUCUCCCUCCUUCUAUCACCCCGCCCCAUUCUCCCUCUUUCCAUCACCCCGCCCCAUUCUCCCGCUUUCCAUCAUCCCACCCCAUUCUCCCGCUUUCCAUCACCCCGCCCCAUUCUCCCGCUUUCCAUCACCCCGCCCCAUUCUCCCGCUUCCAUCACCCCGCCCCAUUCUCCCGCUUUCCAUCACCCCGCCCCAUUCUCCCGCUUUCCAUCACCCCGCCCCAUUCUCCUGCUUUCCGUCGCCCCGCCCAAUUCUCCCGCUUUCCAUCACCCCGCCCCAUGUUCCCGCUUUCCAUCACCCCACCCCAUUCUCCCGCUUUCCAUCAACCCGCCCCAUUCCCCCGCUUUCCAGCACCCCGCCCCAUUCUCCAUCUUUCCAUCACUCCGCCCCAUUCUCCCGCUUCCAUCGCCCCGCCCAAUUCUCCCGCUUUCCAUCACUCGCCCCAUUCUCCUUCUUUCCAUCACCUCGCCCCAUUCUCCCUCUUUCCAUCGCCCCGCCCAAUUCUCCCGCUUUCUAUCACCCCGUCCUAUUCUCACGCUUUCCAUCACCCCGCCCCAUUCUCCCGCUUUCCAUCAACCCGCCCCAUUCUCCCUCUUUCCAUCACCCCGACCCAUUCUCCCGCUUUCCAUCACUCAGCCCCAUUCUCCCGCUUCCCAUCGCCCCGCCCCAUUCUCCCGCUUUCCAUCACCUCGCCCCAUUCUCCCGUUUUCCAUCGCCCCGCCCCAUUCUCCCGCUUUCCAUCACCCCGCCCCAUUCUCCCGCAUUCCAUCACCCCGCCCCAUUCUCCCUCUUUCCAUCACCCCGACCCAUUCUCCCGCUUUCCAUCACCCCGCCCCAUUCUCCCGCUUUCCAUCACCCCGCCCCAUUCUCCCGCUUCCCAUCACCCUGCCCCAUUCUCCCGCUUUCCAUCGCUCCGCCCCAUUCUCCCGCUUUCCAUCACCUCGCCCCAUUCUCCCGCUUUCCAUCACCCCGCCCCAUUCUCCCGCUUUCCAUCGCCCCGCCCCAUUCUCCUGCUUUCCAUCACUCCGCCCCAUUCUCCCGCUUUCCAUCGGCCCACCCCAUCCUCCCUCCUUCCAUCACCCCGCCUCUUUCUCCCGCUUCCCAUCACCCCGCCCCAUUCUCCCGCUUUCCAUCACCCCGCCCCAUUCUCCCUCCUUCCAUCACCCCGCCCCAUUCUCCCUCUUUCCAUCACGCCGCCCCAUUCUCCCGCUUUCCAUCAUCCCACCCCAUUCUCCCGCUUUCCAUCACCCCGCCCCAUUCUCCCGCUUUCCAUCACCCCGCCCCAUUCUCCCGCUUCCAUCACCCCGCCCCAUUCUCCCGCUUUCCAUCACCCCGCCCCAUUCUCCCGCUUUCCAUCACCCCACCCCAUUCUCCUGCUUUCCAUCGCCCCGCCCAAUUCUCCCGCUUUCCAUCACCCCGCCCCAUGUUCCUGCUUUCCAUCACCCCACCCCAUUCUCCCGCUUUCCAUCAACCUGCCCCAUUCCCCUGCUUUCCAGCACCCCGCCCCAUUCUCCAUCUUUCCAUCACUCCGCCCCAUUCUCCCGCUUCCAUCGCCCCGCCCAAUUCUCCCGCUUUCCAUCACCCCGCCCCAUUCUCCUUCUUUCCAUCACCUCGCCCCAUUCUCCCUCUUUCCAUUGCCCCGCCCAAUUCUCCCGCUUUCUAUCACCCCGUCCCAUUCUCACGCUUUCCAUCACCCCGCCCCAUUCUCCCGCUUUCCAUCACCUCGCCGCAUUCUCCCGCUUUCCAUCGCCCCGCCCCAUUCUCCCGCUUUCCAUCACCCCGCCCCAUUCUCCCGCUUUCCAUCACCCCGCCCCAUUCUCCCGCUUUCCAUCACCCCGACCCAUUCUCCCGCUUUCCAUCACCCCGCCCCAUUCUCCCGCUUUCCAUCACCCCGCCCCAUUCUCCCGCUUUCCAUCACCCCGACCCAUUCUCCCGCUUUCCAUCACCCCGCCCCAUUCUCCCGCUUUCCAUCACCCCACCCCAUUCUCCCGCCCCAUUCUCCUGCUUUCCGUCGCCCCGCCCAAUUCUCCCGCUUUCCAUCACCCCGCCCCAUGUUCCCGCUUUCCAUCACCCCACCCCAUUCUCCCGCUUUCCAUCAACCUGCCCCAUUCCCCUGCUUUCCAGCACCCCGCCCAAUUCUCCAUCUUUCCAUCACUCCGCCCCAUUCUCCCGCUUCCAUCGCCCCGCCCAAUUCUCCCGCUUUCCAUCACCCUGCCCCAUUCUCCUUCUUUCCAUCACCUCGCCCCAUUCUCCCUCUUUCCAUCGCCCCGCCCAAUUCUCCCGCUUUCUAUCACCCUGUCCCAUUCUCACGCUUUCCAUCACCCCGCCCCAUUCUCCCGCUUUCCAUCACCCCACCCCAUUCUCCCUCUUUCCAUCACCCCGCCCCAUUCUCCCGCUUUCCAUCACUCAGCCCCAUUCUCCCGCUUCCCAUCGCCCCGCCCCAUUCUCCCGCUUUCCAUCACCUCGCCCCAUUCUCCCGCUUUCCAUCACCCCGCCCCAUUCUCCCGCUUUCCAUCACCCCGCCCCAUUCUCCCGCAUUCCAUCACCCCGACCCAUUCUCCCGCUUUCCAUCACCCCGCCCCAUUCUCCCGCUUUCCAUCAUCCCGCCCCAUUCUCCCGCUUCCCAUCACCCUGCCCCAUUUUCCCGCUUUCCAUCACCCCGCCCCAUUCUCCCGCUUUCCAUCGCUCCGCCCCAUUCUCCCGCUUUCCAUCACCUCGCCCCAUUCUCCCGCUUUCCAUCGCCCCACCCCAUUGUCCCGCUUUCCAUCACCCCGCCCCAUCCUCCCACUCUCCAUCACCCCGCCCCAUUCUCCCUUUUUCCAUCACCCCGCCCCAUUCUCCCUCUGUCCAUCACUCCGCCCCAUUCUCCCGCUUUCCAUCACCCCGCCCCAUUCUCCCCCUUUCCUUCACCACGCCCCAUUCUCCCGCUUUCCAUCACCCGCCCCAUUCUCCCUCUUUCCAUCAACCACCCCCAUUCUCCCGCUUUCCAUCACCCCGCCCCAUUCUCCCGCUUUCCAUCACCCCGCCCCAUUCUCCCGCUUUCUAUCACCCCGCCCCAUUCUCCCGCUUUCCAUCACCCCGCCCCAUUCUCCCGCUUUCCAUCACCCCACCCUAUUCUAACGCUUUCCAUCACCCCGCCUCAUUCUCCCGCUUUCCAUCACCCCGCCCCAUUCUCCCUCUUUCCAUCACCCCGCCCCAUUCUCCCGCUUUCCUUCACCCCGCCCCAUUUUACCGCUUCCCAUCAACCCGCCCCAUUCUCCCGCAUUCCAUCACCCCGCCCCAUUCUCCCGCUUUCCAUCACCCCGCCCCAUUCUCCCGCUUUCCAUCACCCCGCCCCAUACUCCCUCCUUCCAUCACCCCGCCCCAUUCUCCCUCUUUCCAACACCCCGCCCCAUUCUCCCGCUUUCCUUCACCCCGCCCCAUUCAUUCUCCCGCUUUCCAUCACCCUGAACCAUUCUCCCUCUUUCCAUCACCCCGCCCCUUUUCCCCGCUUUCCAUCACCCCGCCCCAUUCUCCCUCUUUCCAUCACCCCGCCCCUUUUCCCCGCUUUCCAUCACCCCGCCUCAUUCUCCCUCUUUCCAUCACUCCGCCCCAUUCUCCCACUUCCAUCACCCCGCCCUAUUCUCCCGCUUUCCAUCACCCCGCCCCAUUCUCCCUCUUUUCAUCACCCCGCCCCAUUCUCCCUAUUUCCAUCACCCCGCCCCAUUCUCCUGCUUUCCAUCAACCCACCCCAUUCUCACGCUUUUUAUCACCCCUCCCCAUUCUCCCUGUUUCCAUCACCCCGCCCCAUUCUCCCUCUUUCCAUCACCCCGCCCCAUUUACCCGCUUUCCAUCACUCCGCCCCAUUCUCCCGAUUCCCAUCACCCCGCCCCAUUCUCCCGCUUUCCAUCACCCCGCCCCAUUCUCCCGCUUUCCGUCACCCGCCCCAUUCUCCCUCGUUCCAUCACCACGCCCCAUUCUCCCGCUUUCCAUCACCCCGCCCCAUUCUCCCGCUUUCCAUCACCACGCCUCAUUCUCCCCCUUCCCAUAACCCCGCCCCAUUCUUUCGCUUUCCAUCACCCCGCCCCAUUCUCCCGAUUUCCAUCACCCCGCCCCAUUCUCCCGCAUUUCAUCACCCCGGCCCAUCCUCCCUACUUCCAUCACCCCGCCCCAUUCUCCCGCUUUCCAUCACCCCGCCCCAUCCUCCCUCCUUCCAUCACACCGCCCCAUUCUCCCGCUUUCCAUCACCCUGCCCCAUUCUCCUGCUUUCCAUCACCCCGCCCCAUUCUCCCCUUUCCCAUCACACCGCCCCAUUCUCCCGCUUUCCAUCAUCCCGCCCCAUUCUUCCGCUUUCCAUCACCCUGCCCCAUUCUCCCGCUUUCCAUCACCCCGCCCCAUUCUCCCGCUUUCCAUCAAAGUGA